GGCCGCCCCCGCGUCCUGGCCGAGGAAGAGGCCUUUGGUGGCGUCGGGGGCCAUAGAAGGAGCUCCUCUGCCAGCCCUUGUGAGCAGGACCGCCGGAAGGACUGGGGCCAUGCGGAGCUGCUGGAGGUGCUCCAGGCCAGGGUGCGGCAGCUGCAGGCUGAGGGCGUGUCCGAGGUGACUGUGAAGAGGGUGGUUGUGGCUCGAGCCCCAGAGGCCAGCAGCGCCCAGUCCCCUGGGAAGGCCCGGGCAGGGGCAGAGGGGGCUGCCCCCAAGCUCAGCGGCCGCUGGGCGCAGAAGCUGGACAAGGAGCAGCGGCUGAUGCAGAAGCGGAAGCACCUCCUGGAGCUGCUGAGUGCUUGA